CCUCACAAGAUGGAGGUCGAGGAGCGAAAUGACGAGGUGGAGGGUGCUUCCGGGAGCUCCCAGGAGCCAGGGCCCUCCGCCGCCGGGGCACCUCAGCGUAUGCUGAUCUUUGACACCCUGGUGGACAGGUUCCUGGAAGGGCUGGUGGAAGCGGGAAGCUACUCAAGGUUUGCUCGUUGCUAUCGGCGAAUCUACAAACUUCAACCAGAAAUAACCCGGAGCAUCUACGACCAGUUUGUAGCUCAGUUGCAGAAAUCCAUUAAGGAUGAAAUUGAAGAAUUAAAAGAAGAAGGGAAUCUGGAGGUGCUGCUUGACUCCUUGGAUAACCUGGAAACAGAGGCUGGGGGCAGGACAGAUCUCGAGUGGCGACCUAGCGGGGUGCCAGAGGAGGAUCUACGCAGCCACCUGGUGCCAUACCUCCUGCAGCAGAGAGAAUACCUGCGGAAGAUUUUAAAGGAACAGAUCGAGGAGAAUGCCAAGUUGUCUCAAUCUGUGCUUGCGGGGAGAAAGAGGAUAGAACAGAUGCAGAAGGAGAUCGAGAGGAGGCAGCAGGCUUGGCAGGAGUUGAGUAAAGUACAGAGAGAGAUGGUUUUGUCUAUUCAAACCCCUAAGUGAGGACAUUCAUGGCACGAUGGACUUUCAGUAAGGAACAAUUGCUCUUACCAAGUGCACUACUCCACGUUACUUCCUGCUGGACAGACUAACACGCUUAUCUUUGCAAUAUUCAGAUAUUGGUGUGACCAACGGAAACUGCUUGACAAAGUGCUGGAUAUCUUGUUAUUUAUAUCUAAAAUGUUUUACUGUUAAUAAAGUUAAUUUGCUUUCA